AUUUAUGACAACAUUGGAUACUGGCUACAAUUUUAUUUGUAAUACGGACAUCACAACAAAUUGAAUGUAAAUAAAAAUAUAUUGUGUUCCGAUUCCCUUAUACCACCUAACUCGACGUGUUUCGUGUUCGAAGUGUGUACUUUUUAUAUUUUACGUACUUGAAAGUCGAAGGUUACCCUGUUUUUGACAAUUGUAAAACAUGUCGAAAACUAAAUUGAAUUUAAUUGCGGCAGCGUGUGAAAAUAUGGGUAUUGGCGCCAAUGGAACUUUGCCAUGGAGGCUAAAAAAAGAGAUGGCGUACUUCGCAACAAUGACAACAAAAGUAGAGGAUCCAAAGAAAGUAAAUGCUGUGAUCAUGGGCCGUGUAACUUGGGACUCGAUACCACCUAAAUACAGGCCUUUACCAAACAGAAUCAACGUUGUGUUGACCAGAAAUGUAAAUGUUGUUAAAGAAAAGGUACCAGAAGGUGUGGUGGUGGUACCAGGUUUGGAUGAAGCUAUUAAAUACAUUGAGGGAAGGGACGACGUAGAAGCAACUUGGGUUAUAGGUGGUUCCUCUGUUUACAAGGCAGCAAUAGAGCAUGAAAACUGUGGAAAAAUAUACCUCACAGAGAUUCAGAAGUCAUUUGACUGCGACACUUUCUUCCCCAAAAUCGAUAACCAGAUGUUCCACAUGGUGAAUGAAGACAAAAUACCUGAUGAGAGACAGUGUGAGGGUGACAUCAGCUACUAUUUUAGAGUUUAUAAAAAAUUAUAAAUUUUUUAAUGUGGUGAAAGUGAAGUAUGGCUGAAUGUGCUAUAGAAUUUUUUAUUGCCAUUUUGUAUUAAUAAGUUAUGCAAUGGAAUGGCAUUCAAAAUUUCCAAUAAUUUUGAGGUAGAUGGUGGAGUGUAAUAAAAUCUAUUUGUUGUAUAAUAUCAGCUUCAAAAAUAGACUAUUUCCAAAAGUCAUCUGGCUAACAAUAUGUUUAAAAGAAUAUUUUAAUUUUAGCCAUAUUUGAUUUGUAUUAGUGGUGCUGCGAUUUUUACAUUCCCAUUUUAUUUUAAAAUUGUAUAUGGAAAAGAAGAUUACUUUAAGGUCUUUCCCCAAGCAAACGGUUUUGAGCAUGCGUUCCUUACAUUCACAGUGCAUGAGUUACGGGCGAAAAUAUGUCAAAGAUUUACGAACAACGUAUUAAAAAAUGUAAGGUCUCUGAUUGAAAAUUUUAAAACUACCAAUAUAAUUCCUUAUUUAAUAUCCUAUCUAAUAAUAUUUUUUGCAAAUUAAAAUGGUAUUUUUUGUAGAUACACGGAUAUAAUCCACAAUUUUAUUGGCAUAUAAUAUUUCAUUUGUUUCUUAUAAAUGUAUUAUAAAUAGCUUCUAAAAUAUAGUUAACUUGCCGUUUUGCUGGGGAUACCGCCUUAGAGAUGCUUAGAGACGCUAGAAUUUCACCUAUAGCUUAAAAUGUGUAUGUGUUAGAGAAAGAUCAAUUAUGCUCAUUGGGUCAAAAAUCUAAAUAUAAUUUCAAGUAUGUUUGCAUAUUGGUGUCAAUUAAUUAACGCUUAAUGUAUUAAAAUAAUGCUUAAGCCAUGUGUAAAGGCAAGUAUUUUUGUCUAUUAUAAAGUAAUUUUGAACUAUAAGUCUGUACACCGAAAAUUUUGUCAAGUAGUUUUAUACAGACUUCUUCUAGAGGUUUUGCAUAGUUGGGACUAUGUUUUACCGGCUUACUAAUAAAAGGCUGUUAUAGCCAAACAAUGCUUUGAGUUCAUCGACAAUACAGUGUAUCAGUGUUCAUUCCUCAGACUAUUGUGGUGUCUGUGUCACAAUAUAAUAUGUCGCUUAACAUGGUGAUAUUAAAUAGGGAAUAAUGAUUUAUUUAUUUAUUGUUGGACUGCUAAUGGAGUUCACAAUAAGUAACAGUCCCUUAUGUAACUGUAACUCUGGUUAGAAGCAGUCACAGUAUGAGCCACAUUAUUUUAGACGGCAAAAAUAAAUUAAGUAUUCUAUAACUUUAAUCAUAUAUAAAACAACAGAUAUUAUAAUUAUGUUUAGUAUAACAGCAAUAAAAUGACCUCAAACCUUAUAUACUUUAAGGUUAUAGCUUAAGGUCUAUUUUCAUACAUUUUGUUUCACCUUUAAUCUGGGUAACUAAACAAGUAUUGACAAGUAAAGAAUUUAAAUUCACGUCUAGUUAGUGAUUAGUUCUCGCAGUUGAAAGAAAAACGUAAAAAUAAUUAAUAUGCAUGGAUAUUUUGGCCUUUAAAAUUUCGUCGUAUUAAAUUUUAAAGGCCCAGAUUAAAGGUGAAACAAAAUGUAUGAAAAUGGACCUUAAGCUAUAACCUUAACAACAAAACAAUCAAAAAGGCAAAAAUAAUUAAUGUUCAGAACUACACAAUAAUUUACGUCUAACAGCGAUUUUCAAUAAAUGAUUGCAAUUGCCUUAUUUAGAUCUAUCGCGAAAAUGAACCAAUCAGAACAAAGUAUUUUUGGUAUGUUUACAAAUGACUCAUUUUGAUUGGUUUAUUCUUGGAACCGGAUAGAAGAGUGAGAUUGGGAUCGUUUAUUGAAAAAGGCUCUACAUUGCAAUAGUUUAUUACCUACAAUGUUAAUGUCAUUACGGACUAUGACAGUUUGUACAAACUAGUUAGGUGAGGCACAGAUACGUGCUUCCAUGUUUAUGCUGUUGAACCGAACAUGAAACAAGACUAGGUUUUCGAGGUGGUCUACUUGUCGCCUCUAAUAAAAACUUUUAAGUAAAUCAGGUGCCAUCUAGUACCCUUCAUAAUUUUAUGUAAGAAAAAUAAGUAAAAGAAAAUCUUUCUAUCAUUUAGAGACAGUAAUUUGAAAUGUUUGAAAUUAUCUUUAUAAAGGUUUAGUAUAAGGGAGGUGUCUCAUAUUUGAGUGUGUUUAUCGCAAGCGUAUAAAAUGUUCAUUAGUAUGGUGAUGAUCCACAAAAGAUGUAAACCUGCAGAUGAGAGUUUAUUUUUUUAUGUUUUCUGUUGAUAUUGAUGCCCAACUCAAAAAAUAAUGUGCAAUAAUAAAUUGCAAUGCGAAUUACACUGAUAUUAUUUUAAUUUUUUAUUAUAAUUAACGUAAAAAAAUAUUUUAUUGUUGGUAAAAUUAAGAUUUCAUUUUGCUCAUAAGGCCCGUGGGUUAUUACCUACAAGAGCCCACCUGCACCAUUACUCUUAAGCUCCGUUCAGAAGACAGAUGCGUGUGAGCAUGUGAUUACCUCGGUCAUAAUUAUACAAAAUAGUGUAGUUUUAAACGCUAACGUGUGCCUUAGGUUUGUCAUCUGCACGAGGUUGUACAGUCUCAUCUUAGAAUACUCACUGUUCCUAAAAAGUUUAAAAUAAAUAUGCAUCACAAUUAUAAUAAAUGAUCAAAAUAAUCAUGGUUUAGUUUGCCUCGGUGCUGUAGUUGUUUUACGGUGCUGUCUCAGGUUGGAUCCCCGGGUCAGGCAAAGUGAUAUAGGGUUUUUUACUCAAUAUCAGCAGUCUGGAGUUUGUGCCCGAUAUAGCGAUGUGCUCCUGCCUUCUGCUAUCACAUCAUGGGAAGGAAUACACAUGGGGUAUAGUGUGUGCACUAGUUACACCUCUGCCUACUUCUUCGGAGGUAAAAAGGCGUGAUAGUGUGUAAUAAUCAUGCCAAUAUGAAUGUAUAUGUAGGAAACCACUUCUGUUAUAUAAAACUAUGUUUUAUUUUAAUAGCACAUGGCUAAUAAAUUGUAUAUAAUCGAUACUUUAAAAUAUUAUUACUCUAUGGAGAUUCGUGUUCAUACAUCGAAAGAUUAAAGUGUAAAUCUCGAAUAGUUUGUAAUAAAAUGUCUCGAAAAGCUUGCAUUUAAUAGCUUUAAGAUGUUUUUAAUUUUGUACUGUAUACAAUAUAUACUGCUAUUGUUGGAAAA